AUUGCGCAUGCGCAUUUGAGCAUAUUUGGUUGCUAACUGGUGAGCGUGCCGUAACUCCCGUAAAAAGUUCCGGAUUCCAUUCUGAGAAACGAUAUUAUCACUUCAAAAUCAUGCCUCCAAAGAAGAAAGGAAAAGGGAAAAAGGGCAAGAAGAAAGGGAAGAAGAAGAAUGAUGGCGAGUUGACCAUUGAGGAUAAAUACAAGAAGACAUUGCUCGAGAUAGAUGCCUUGAAAGAUCAUCUAGCGAAUAGGAAGGAGAUUGCUCGGCGCUCCCAGGCACAGUCAGAAGAAUGGAAGGGACGCAUGAAGGAUGCAGAAGGAAACGUGGAGCAGCAAAAAUCAGACCAAAAAGAUGUCAUGGCUGACAUGACUCGUCAGUACAAGACAAAACAAACUGAAAUGGAUGCUCAUGUAAGGAGAUUAGAAGUUGAGUUGCAGAAGGUCACAAGUUCAUUAACAAAAACCACUGAAGAACUGAAGGCAACAACGGCCGAGAAAGAGAGGAUAACAAAAGAGAAAAAUGAGACGAUAGGAGAGUUGGAGGAGAAGAUCAAAACAAUGGAAUAUUCCUAUGAAAAUAUGCUGGAGGAAGCCAUGGACAAUAUGGUGGAAAAGCUGAACGAUGCCAAGAUACGAUGGCUGGAUGAAUCCAAGACGAUUCACAUGCAACACAAACAAAAGCUAUUAGAGUUUGGUUUGAAUCCCUUAGAUAUAUGAAUGUUUAACAUAAGCCAUUUGUCUUAAAAUACUCUUUAUGAUAAUCAGGGUUCUAGCUAGGAGCAGUUUAGUGCUAAGAAAAACUUGAAGCUGCGAAGCGGACAUUUUACAAUAAAAUAAUUUUUCUUGAGAUCCAUUGUGAGUGUGUUGGGCAAAAUAAUGCAUGCCAAAUUUGCAUGUGUGAAAAAACUAUGAAAAAGUAUCCUAGCUUGAAAUGUGAUCAAAUUGGUACACAUUCAGCAAAUUUUAAUUUCAUUUUACAGAACAUGUGUGCCGGGUGGCGCAUCUAAUUUUAACCCAAGAGCCAAGUGGUAAUUUGCCUUGUCGGCUUGGUAUGGCUAGAACCCUGAUGUUAUACUAUUAACAUAAACAAAUGUCAAGUAGUAUUACCAAGAUUGGUUGUGCAUAGCUUUGUCACAACCUUAACACCAUUAUAUCCAAAAUCUCCUACCCCACCCCUCAA